AUGAAUUUCUUCAAGGGCCAAUCGAACACACUGAAUUCACUCCGGGACAUUCGUGAACGGGACUAUCCGCUCCCACAAACAACUCCGAAGACUCACCUAGUGCAAGAAGUCUCUCCAUCUCAUCUUCACUCAUCUCCUUCGAAAUCUCCAUCCUCACAAAUGGCCUUCAACCAUGUGGAUGUUGAGACAAUUCUUGAGGAUUAUGCAUGGGCUCAAUUCAAGGACGUUCAGAGUCUUCGCAAGACGCGACUUGAAGAUUUUAAGGGAAUCGAGAAGGACGAUGUGGAAUUUGUUGUGAACCGGAAAAACCUCGUCGUCGUCCAUGAGGAUCCAGAGUAUGUGAAUUUCCUUCCAUCCGGCGCUAAACCUUUCACCCUCUUCAAAUCGAUCUUCACGAAUAACACGAAUCGACCACAAGAGUAUUCGUUUAAGACUGAGCGAACCACUGAAUCUUUGUGCGCUGUGGCUAGAGAGCAGGGAUACACGAUUGGAGCUGAGGCUGAGUUGACUCUGAAGACACCAUGUGAAAUUGCUGAGUUGAAAGCCGGAUUCAAGCACGAGAUGCACUUUAAUAACUUGAAUGAAAACGCGAUCACUGAAACGCUCGCCUGGGCUGUGGAUAGUAAUGUUUCGGUGCCACCCGGCUACCAAACAGAAGCCUCGAUCAUCAUUGAGGAGAUGAACUAUCGUGGCUCGUACACAGUGAUGUCUCGACUAUCCGGAAAUGUUUUGAUCUCAAUUAGAAGGAGACGGGAUAACUUGUUAAUUCUUCCAAUUCGCGCAAACAUUGCCGAGAUUUUUCGACAACAUAUCGAGGGUCCACAUUGCAAGAAAGAGGUGAAAUCCGUCGUUCAAAUCGAGAGCAAUAAAAUCGUUCGAUUGACGAGCAAAGGGAAUUGUCAAUUUCAGUUCGCAACAAAGCAGCGAAUCGAUUUGAACGAGAAACAAGUCCGU